CGUCAACCCCUUCCAUCCAUGGCCGACUACAACCGCUACGACCACGGCCAUGGCCAAGGAUACGGCCAGGGCUACGGCGGUUACCCGCCAUCCGCACCUCCAGCGCGUGUGCCCGCGCCCACCUCCUCGUCGCCGUACGGCUACCGCUACGAGCAAGGAGGAGGCUACCCGCCGCCCGCGCCUGUGCCGGCGUCCUCCUCCUCCUCGUCGACGUACGGCUACGGCCAAGGAGGAGGCUACCGGCCGCCAGCGCCCUCCUCCUCGUCGCCGUACGGCCACGGCUAUGGCCAAGGAGGAGCCGUGGCGUUCCCGCCGGGGACGCACCCGGACGUGGAGCGCGCGUUCCGGGCCGCCGACCGCGACCGCAGCGGCAGGAUCGACGAGCGCGAGCUGCAGGCCGCGCUCUCCGACGCCUACCACCGCUUCAGCAUCCGCACCGUCCGCCUCCUCAUGUCCUUCUCCCAAAACACUCGUGCCUCCUCGCCGCCUCAGAUGGGGCCAGCGGACUUCGUGUCGCUGUGGAACUGCCUUGGACAAUGGCGGGGCAUUUUCGACAGGUACGAUAGGGACCGUAGCGGAAGAAUCGACUCCAAUGAGUUGAAUCAAGCUCUUCGUGGUAUCGGAUACACAGUCCCACCUUCGGUCAUUGAAGCCCUUAUAGUGAACUAUAACGAUGGUGCGUCCCGACGCGGCGCGCUUGACUUUGACAACUUUGUAGAAUGUGGAAUGAUUGUCAAGGGUCUGACUGAUAAAUUCAAGGAGAAGGAUACGCGCUACACUGGCUCGGCGGCUCUUACGUAUGACAGCUUCUUGUCGAUUGUCAUCCCCUUCAUUGUCCCUUAGCAUCUACUUGUGUUUGUCAGACAAAGCGAAGCUGUACAUUCUGAGCGUUUGUAAAUGAAACAAGAGCGAAGCUGUACAUUUUGAGUGUUUGUAAAUGAAACAAGAACGAAGCUGUAGAUU